AUGUCCUACACGCUCGAUAUCUCACACAAGGCGCCAUCGAGCGCUGUUUAUCCAGCUCUCAUCGCCGUCUCCUUCAUCAACCAGUCAAUCGCCCCCGCUGCCAACCCUGUCAUCGGUACCACCUUCGUCGAAUCCGAUCUCGUUAGCUCUGACCAGGCGACCCACCCAAUCGCCCUCAAAGUCGAGAACGACGAGCCAAUCUUCGGUACCAAAGCCGUUCUCGAGAAGCUUCUCGCAACCCAUGGAAGUGUAUUGAAGGGUGCGAACAGCAAAGGUGGAAAGCUUGAGGAAGAAUGGAUCACCUUCACCACCACCCGUAUCCUCGGUGCCGACUACCGUGCCGUUACAAAAGCCAUCGAGGAGCUUGAUAGCCAUCUUACACUCCGAACCUUCAUUGUUGGGUACUCACCUUCCGUUGCGGAUAUUGCCGUCUAUGGUGCCCUUCGUGGGAAUACUCAGUUCUACUCCCUUCUCCGAAAACCCACAUAUAUCAAUGUAAACCGAUGGGGCAAGUACCUUGAGUCUAUUCCAUCUUUCAACCAAGCAAUUGAUGCUGCCAAGUCUGCUGAGGCCGCAAAGAAGGCUGCUGCUACUGGUGGAAAGAAGACUCAGUCCGGAAACUUCGAAAUCGGUCUGUCGAAUACGGAUAAAGGUGUCGUUACCCGUUUCCCACCAGAGCCAAGUGGGUACCUUCACAUUGGUCACGCCAAAGCUGCUAUGUUGAACCAAUACUUUGCGAAAAUGUAUAAGGGCAAGAUGAUCGUUCGAUUUGAUGAUACAAACCCUAGCAAGGAAAAACAAGAAUACCAAGAUUCCAUCUUGGAGGAUUUGAGUCUAUUGGGCAUCCAUGGAGAUCGUGUUACAUUUACCAGCGACUACUUCCAAGAACUAUACGAUCUCUGCGUGCAGAUGAUCAAAGAAGGCAAAGCCUACUGCGACGACACACCCCAAGAGAAGAUGCGUGAUGAACGUUUCAACGGUAUCGCCUCUGAAAACCGAGACAAGUCCGUCGCCGACAAUCUCCAAAUCUUCACCGAGGAGAUGAAGAACGCCACCGAAAAGGGACGCUCUUACUGCGUUCGUGCAAAGAUCUCGGUCGAUGACCCGAACAAGGCUCUUCGUGACCCUGUUAUCUACCGUUGUAAUAUUGAGGCACCUCAUCAUCGCACUGGUACCCAAUGGAAGCUCUACCCAACUUACGACUUCGCCUGCCCGGCUGUUGACAGUAUUGAGGGUGUAACCCAUGCACUCAGAACUAUUGAGUAUCGCGACCGUAACGAUCAGUACGCAUGGAUGCUUAACGCCUUGAAUCUCCGUAAAGUCGAUAUCUGGGAUUUCGCCCGUCUUAACUUCAUCAAGACCCUGUUGUCCAAGAGAAAGCUUACCAAGCUUGUUGAUAUGGGCCGCGUCUGGGGGUGGGAUGAUCCACGAUUCCCAACUGUCCGAGGUAUUAGGAGGAGAGGUAUGACUAUUGAGGCGCUCAGGGACUUUAUUAUUUCCCAGGGACCUAGCAAGAAUAUCGUCAACUUGGACUGGACUUUGAUCUGGGCUAUCAAUAAGAAGGUCAUCGACCCCGUCGCUCCACGAUUCACGGCUCUCUGGAAAGAAGGUGUAGUUGAGGCCGAUGUUAUCGGUGAGGAGGCGAAGGAAGGCUUUGAGGAAAAGCCAAAGCACAAGAAGAAUCCAAGCGUCGGAACUAAGAAGGUUCACUAUGGACCUAAGAUCUUGAUCGACCAGGUCGAUGCUCAGAGCUUCAAGCAAGGCGAGGAAGUCACAUUGAUGGACUGGGGUAAUGCGUUCAUCGAAACCAUCGAGAAGGACGGCGACAAAGUCACCAAAUUGACCAUCAAACUCCACUUGGCCGGUGACUUCAAGAAGACGGAGAAGAAGAUCACAUGGUUGGCUACCAGCCAGGAUUUGGUCGAUAUCGAACUCGUUGACUUUGAUUACUUGAUUACUAAGGAUAAAUUGGAGGAGGAAGAUAAGAUGGAGGAUUUCUUGAACGAUAAUACUGAGUUCCGGGUUAGUGGUGUUGCGGAUGUUAAUGUGAAGGAUGUGCAGCAAGGGGAGAUUAUACAGUUCGAAAGGAAGGGAUACUUUAGAUGUGAUAAACCGUGGGCGCAGGGUGAGAAGGCGGUGUUCUUUAAUAUUCCAACGGGUAAGGAGGAGAGGAAGAAGUAA